AUGGCGGUCACAACAAAGCUACCCAGUCUGCAGUUCCUCCAUCGUCCGCCCAAGGCUCGAAAUACUUUCCUUCUCUUGCCCAAACUUACUCCUUCACUGCCUUUUUCUGUCCUCAAUCCCUCAGUCGCCGGCCUCAGAAAUUUCUCCCGUACUCGUCCAUUAUGUUCUAGCCUGAACUACCCCCCUGAGAGCUUGUCCAGUUCGGGGUCGAGUUCUUCCAUCGUCGGUGAUCUUCUCAAUUAUCUAAACGAAUCGUGGACUCAAUUCCAUGCUACUGCUGAAGCAAAACGACAAUUGUUGGCUGCUGGAUUCAACAUGAUUAAUGAGCAAGAUCAGUGGGAUCUUAAGCCUGGUGGCUGUUAUUUCUUCACGCGAAACAUGUCCUCUUUGGUUGCCUUCGUAGUUGGGGAAAAGUACCGCGUUGGAAAUGGUUUUCAUGUUAUCGCCGCCCAUACUGAUAGCCCAUGUCUAAAGCUCAAACCAAAAUCUGCAUCUUCUAAAUCUGGCUACCUUAUGGUAAAUGUCCAAACCUAUGGUGGUGGUUUAUGGAAUACAUGGUUUGAUAGGGACCUGAGUGUGGCUGGGAGGGUCAUAGUUAGAGGCAAAGAUGGGUCCUUCCUGCACCAGCUUGUCAAAAUAAGGCGACCUUUGCUACGAGUGCCAACAUUGGCCAUUCAUCUGGACAAAACUGUGAAUACGGAAGGAUUCAUGCCAAACUUUGAGACUCACCUUGUUCCUCUGUUGGCUAGAAAGGCUGAGAAUACGCACGCAGAAGGCAAAGAGAAAAGUGUCUCUUCUUCAAAAGAAGCUCACCAUCCCCUUCUGUUGCAGAUAUUAUCAGAGGAAUUGAGAUGUGGGAUUGAUGAGAUAGAGAGUAUUGAGUUGAAUGUUUGUGAUACCCAACCUAGUUGCCUUGGAGGUGCAAACAAUGAAUUUAUAUUCUCUGGAAGAUUAGAUAAUCUGGCUUCCUGCUUUUGUGCAUUGAGAGCUCUUAUUGAUUCGUGUGGAACACCUGGGUGCUUGGCAAAUGAGGAUGGUAUAAGGAUGAUUGCCCUUUUUGAUAAUGAGGAGGUAGGCUCAAACUCACCUCAGGGAGCUGGUGCACCAACCAUGUUUCAGGCUAUGAGGCGUAUUGUUGGCUGCCUAGCUUCAUAUGAACAUGCAGGAGAAGGUGCUCUUGAGCGUACUAUACAUCGAUCUUUUCUGGUAUCUGCAGAUAUGGCACAUGGAGUGCAUCCUAAUUUCGCAGAGAAGCAUGAAGAUCAUCACCGGCCUCAGUUGCAGAAAGGGCUUGUUAUCAAACACAAUGCAAAUCAGCGUUAUGCUACCAGUGGAGUUACAUCUUUUCUCUUCAAAGAAAUUGCAAAAAUUCACAAUCUCCCACUCCAGGAAUUUGUAGUAAGAAAUGACACGGGUUGUGGAUCAACUAUAGGUCCAAUUCUUGCUGCAGGGGUUGGCAUUAGAACAGUUGAUUGCGGUAUUCCUCAGCUUUCUAUGCACAGUAUAAGAGAGGUAUGUGGGACUGAGGAUAUUGACAACGCAUAUAAAUAUUUCAAGGCAUUCUACACCACAUUUUCAAUCAUAGACACAAAGUUGAGUGUAGAUUCUUAGACUUCUUUCAGUUUUCAGUCGAAUAUGUCCUUAGUUUGCAGGUAAAGAAAUUUCUAUUGAUCUAGUGUUUAAGGUGUGUUGGAUGACAAUGUGAACACUCGUGUUUUUUUUAUUAAUUUUGUCGUUAUGUUUAAAUGAGGACCAGACUCUUCUUUGUUUGAGCA